UGGGGGAGGGGGGAGGAUGGUUCUCCACCCCCCCAACCCCCCAUGUCUCUAGUGAAGUCGAUCGAAUUAGUGCUGCCUGAGGAUGCAGUGUACCUGGCCGGCUCCAGCAUAGACGGGAAGGUGGUUCUAACCCUGUAUAGCACCCUGGUGGAUCCCUUAGUGAAAGUGGAACUUGUGGGAAGGGGUUACGUCGAGUGGAAUGAAGAGAUUGGAGAGAACCGUGAUUAUAGCAGAGAUGUUAUUUGUAACAACAAGGCAGAUUACGUGCAUAAGACAAAGACAUUCCCUGUGGAAAAUAAUUGGUUAGGCGCAGGCAGCCACACCUUUGACUUCCAUUUCAACUUGCCUCCCAGGCUACCGUCCACCUUCGCCAGCAAAACGGGCCACAUCUUUUACUUCAUCCAAGCCUCCUGCAUGGGCCGGGAGCACAUUCUCGCAAGGAAAAGGGUGUAUUUGUUGGUUCAAGGGACUUCGGAUGUCCACCAAGAAAGCUCAGCGCAGAAGCCCGUGCUGGUGCAGGUCCACAAGAAGGUCACUUACAACUGCUGCAGCCAGGGCACUGUGGACCUGCAAGUGCACAUGGACAAGAACACCUUCACGCCGGGGGACAAGGUGACGUUCACCACGGAGAUCCACAACCAGACCGGCAAGUGCAUCAGGUCGGUGGUCUCGGCGCUCCACGCGCAUGUGCAGUACCAGGCCUUCACGCCCAGAGCUGAGCGCCGCUGCCGUACCGACAGCAGCCAGCUGCUGCGCCAGGAGGCCAGCACGCACAUCGCGGCCUUCACCACCACCAAGGUCGUCAGCGCCUUCAGCCUCCCGCUGCUGCUGGCCGUGAGCGGCAGCGGCCUGCAGCAGGAGCUCAUGCACACGUGCUACGAGCUGGUGGUCACCGUGCCCCUGCCCUGGUCGCUGAGCAGCGUCAAGGCCCGGCUGCCCAUCCACAUCACCCGCAGCCCCGCGGACUCCGGGGUCCUGAGCCCUGAGCCCGGACCGUCCGGAGGAGAAGGCGAGCAAAGUCCUGGAGAGUAA